AAAGAAAAGAUGAGAAGCCCCUUUAAUUUAUGUGACUUGGGUACGCUUUGUCACUCUGUCUCUGGCGACUCUCUAUCUUCCAGUGCUCCAAAAAUGGCGUAUUCUAAGUCACUCAUGUUUCUGUUACUCGUACCUCUUCUCUGUUACUAUUAUACACCGAUAACGAAGAAGCUUCUUCCUCAGACUGAGAAUCCAGUGAAGCACGCAAGUGAAGCAGAAGGAGGAAACAAUUAUGAACUUCAGAAACAGAUACUUGAACUACGACAAGAAGUGGAAGUACAACGCAAGAGGAGUCUCGAAGUGGAAACUCGAGCUGAAAUCGCGGAUAAGAAAGUUGCGGAACUUAGCUCAAAGCUUGAAAAUAUCGAUGGGAAGUGGCUCUUGUCUAAGUUUGGUCUAGUCCCAAAUAAAACUUUGGCAUAUAUUAUGACUCUAUGGAAUCAACAUCUUAGCCGAACUCUUCAAAAGAAAUGGAUUCCAAGCAUCAAAGAUGCGUAUGUGACAUUAACCAUCUAUCUCGAGCCAAACGUUCAAUACUUCACCGAUAAGUCCAUCAAGUUGUUCCAUACGUGUAAGCAGGCUCUGACCCCACAUCUCAUCCAAGCAUUCGACAUUUCAUACGACUAUCUUGAGGUAAGCCGAGUUAUGACCAUAGGGAAACCACACUUGGAGAAAGUACAAGUUACCUUGGAGGCAUAUAUCGAAAACGCAAGAUAUGGCUUCGAGAAGUGGGUUAACUCGACCAAAAUCUUUGGGAAGACAAAUAAUGAUUCGUCACAAUAACUCGGCUUGUAAUGAUUGUAGUUAAAGUCAUUGGGUUGACUAAACACACUCGACGAUAUUGCUUUUCAUCAGCGGGAGGUUUUUUUGUAUGUCAAGCAAACUGGGGGAACAAAUUAA